AUGGCGACAGCAAACGGAGAUUCCAUCGAAAAGAUCGUCUUGGCCAGAGAAGUAUGUCGCCCGAACCUGGUCAAGAAGCUCAUGCUUGAAAAUAAGUUGGCGUAUUCGUUCGGCCUGAGGAUAGCCUUCUCCACGGAGAUGCCCCUGAUCGCGAGACGGGCCGGCUACUCGGCUGUCUUGAUGAACUUGGAGCACAUGGCUAUGAGCAUCGAGACCAUGAAGGACAUCGCUGUUGCUUGUUUAAACAUUGGAAUCUCCCCGACCGUGGUUGUCCCCACCUGUUCGCCAGAAUGGAUAUCUCGAUGUCUCGAUUCAGGUGCCCAGACCAUUAUUGUGCCCCAUGUGAACACCGUGGAGCAAGCAAAUAUGUGCGUUGAUGCAGCGAAGUUUCCGCCAUUGGGACAUCGUUCGGUGACGAUGGUCUCAGCAAUGACCCAGUACGAGACUAGGCUAUCCUACUCGACAAUCUCGACCGUGGUCAACGAUGCUGUCAUGAUCAUGCCCAUGAUCGAGACCACAACGGGCGUCGAGAAUGUUGAGCAAAUAGCUGCUGUGCCAGGAAUUGAUGCACUAUUCAUAGGCUGCGCGGAUCUUUGCAUGGAGCUUGGAAUCCCUGGACAAUACGAUACCGACCUCUUCCAGAAUACAGUUGCACGCAUUGCUGAUGCAGCUGAGAAGGCGUCGAUAGAUGGCCGGAAAGUCUUCGUUGGGCUUGGAGGGCUUGAGCCUAGACCGGAUCUCCUGGAGAAGCUGGCGCAGCGGCAUCCUUGCAUACGGUUUGCAAUGGCAGGGCGGGAUAUCGCUCUCUUGAUGGGCGCGAUGAACAAGCAGGUGGCGGCGAUGGAGGCGAUAUCACAGUCGUUGCAACAAUGA